AUGAACGGACCCUCGAGCCCCCGGCCUGCGCGGCCCAUGAGCAUUAAGGAAAUCACGAAUGCAGCCGAGGACUUCGAAUUUAGAACGACGAUUCCCUUCAAAUACUGGGCGCGCUCCGCAGACACGUUAUUUCAAGAGGCACCCAAGGCGACGUUUGCGCUGCAGGAUCGCGACAUCCGGAAAGCAUACCAGAUGCUAUGGCGCCACUCCGUCCUCGUCCUCAGUCAUCUCAAGACCCAUCCCGAUGCGAAGCUUCCCGAGAACAAGGCGCUCACGAAGCCGCUCUUCAAACGGCAGCAGGAGGAGGUGUUUGGCCUGCUUGAGAGCCUCAAGCCGCAGAUUGACCGCGACUACGAUGAGUGGCAGCAGAUGAAUGCAUCCCAGAAGAAGGCCGAACCCGAGAAGAGGCCCUCGAGCUACGACGAGUUUGCCGCACGAGACCCGACGCUGAGCGGAAAUGCGAAGAUUCUCGAUGCCGCCGAUAACCAAGAAUUGGCCGUAUCCCUGGCGCAAAGGGACUUCAAGAGAAGAGAUGCUGCGAGAAAGGCCACCAGGCAGGCUGGCGUCAGCGAGGAGGAAGAGCAAGAACGCAGAAAGGGCGGCCGCUGGGAAGACUGGGAACAGUUUGGCAACCCGGCCGCGGCCGUAGCCACAGACGAGGACGAGAUUCGCAGACAGAUUGAGGCGACAAGGAGACGACUCGAUGGUACCGAUGGAGGUCGCCAGGAGGAUACCAGAACAUCAAGGGCACCCAUACCACCGCCAAGGCCACCACCGCCCAGCUACUCAUACCAUUACCCGUCUAUCUCGAGACCGAGGGCGGUCGAGUGGGACUCUGCGCCGUUGGAGCCCAAGCGAACCUUCACUCCCUCAUUACCACAGCCUCCCAAGCCGCCAAAGGAGGACUUCACGAUACUGCGCCAAGAGCUCGAUGCCGCGCCCCCGUCACGUCCUGGCAAGGAACCUCUCCUAUCAUACAUCCCGCCGCCUACCCCUGAUUCGGUACAUAGGGACGUACCUGAACUUCCCGCAAAGGAGGAGAUUAUGCCGCCGCCGUCAGCAAAGGAGCGUCUUACUUUCCGUCCAGCAGCGUACCUGGAGAAUGGCGAUCCGAUCCGCCCGGUCUUCCUGCCCACCCAGCUCCGGGAGGCUUUCCUGAACAUUGCGGCGGACAACACCCGAAAGGGCCUCGAGAUGUGUGGCAUCUUGUGUGGCCGGCCUGUUAACAACGCGCUCUUUAUCAACUGCCUCCUCAUUCCUCAGCAAAAGAGCACGCCAGACACCUGCGAGACGGAGAACGAGUCGGCCAUGCUGGACUACUGUAUCAACGAGGACCUGCUGAUGGUCGGCUGGAUCCACACGCACCCCACGCAGACGUGCUUCAUGAGUUCGAGAGACCUGCAUACCCAGGCGGGAUACCAGGUCAUGAUGCCGGAGAGUAUCGCCAUCGUGUGCUCUCCGAGACACCAGCCAUCAUAUGGCAUCUUCCGCCUCACCAACCCACCUGGUCUCACUCAUAUCCUCCAGUGCACCCAGACCCAGACUUUCCACCAGCACUCCAUCGACGACCUGUACACGACUGCUAGUAACCCGCCGGGUCACGUCUACCAUUCCGACAAGCUCGACUUUUAUGUGAAGGACCUGCGGCCGAACCGGUAG